UAAACAACCUCUCAGACCCCCCAUCUCAUCUAGAUCUAGUACUAGUAGCUAAUGCGAAGAUGGCCAAUGACAGCGUAGAAGAAGGGAAUCCUUCAAGGCCCCUGCUUUAUGAAGAAAACUCUGAAUUGCGAUGUGGGGAUUGUAGCGGAAGCGGAACUUCUUCAGCAACUACUGUGCUUGUGCUUAGUACCUUUGUUGCUGUUGCUGGCUCAUAUGUCUUUGGUUCUGCUGUGGGGUAUUCAUCGCCUGCUCAGUCUGGAAUCAUAAAGGACCUUGGUCUCUCUGUGGCAGAGUACUCCCUUUUCGGAUCAAUAGUGACGAUUGGAGCUAUGCUAGGUGCUAUAAUAAGUGGAAAGUUAGCUGAUUAUACUGGUCGAAGAGGGACAAUGGGCUUAGCGGAAAUAUUCUGCAUUGUUGGGUGGUUGGAUAUAGCAUUCUCAAAGGUUGCUUGGUGGCUUGACCUGGGAAGGCUCUUGGUUGGAUGUGGUAUGGGUCUUCUAUCUUAUGUGGUGCCAGUGUAUAUAGCUGAAAUCACACCCAAGAAUCUUAGAGGAGGAUUUACAACAGUUCAUCAGCUGAUGAUUUGUUUGGGAGUAUCGCUUUCAUAUCUUAUUGGAGCCUCUGUAAAUUGGCGGACUUUGGCAUUGAUUGGUACUAUUCCUUGCCUCAUACAGCUUAUUGGUCUUUUCUUCAUCCCAGAGUCUCCAAGAUGGCUGGCAAAGAAUGGUCAAAGAAAAGAAUGUGAAGCUGCAUUACAGAGGCUACGAGGGGAUGAUGAUAUUUCUAAUGAGGCAGCUGAGAUCAGAGAAUAUACAGAAACACUUCUACGGCUUUCUGAAGCUGGCAUUCUGGAAUUGUUUCAGUGGAAAUAUGCUCAUUCACUAAUUGUUGGAGUUGGCCUUAUGGUCUUGCAACAAUUUGGAGGUGUCAAUGCCGUUGCAUUUUAUGCAAGCUCUAUAUUCAUAUCUGCUGGUUUCUCGGGGAGUAUUGGAAUGAUAGCAAUGGUUAUUGUCCAGCUUCCAAUGACAUUGUUAGGUGUACUCUUAAUGGAUAAAUCUGGAAGACGACCACUUCUACUGGUAUCUGCAGCCGGAACAUGUUUGGGUUGCCUGCUUGUUGGAUUGUCAUUCUUGUUGCAGGAUCUUCACCAAUGGGAGCAGGUCACUCCCCAUUGGGCACUUGUCGGUGUACUGGUUUAUACUGGGUCUUUCUCGCUAGGAAUGGGAGGAAUUCCUUGGGUUAUAAUGUCCGAGAUAUUUCCUAUAAACAUGAAGGGGUCUGCUGGAAGCCUUGUGACAUUGGUUAGCUGGUUGGGGUCUUGGAUUGUCUCAUAUGCCUUUAACUUCCUAAUGAAAUGGAGCUCAGCAGGAACGUUUAUGGUGUUCUCUGGGAUAUGUUGCCUGACUGUUCUCUUUGUGGCGAAGCUUUUACCGGAGACAAAGGACCGGACACUAGAAGAAAUACAAGCAUCCAUGAAUCCUUUGUCAGCAAAAAAGAUAGAUUUGACAGACUCAUGAGACUCUAUCCUUGCGUUUCUUCAUCACUUUUGCUAGACAUUUGAUAAAGCGUAUGGAUAUAGUGUUGUAUAAUGUUGCUCAUAGUUAAUUGAUAUAGGCCAUUGGGCAAUGGUACAUGAAGUGGCUUAUAUAUUUACCCGUGAUACAGUACAUGGGUAAUUUGGUAAAAGGAUAAUUAGCAAUAAAUCUCUUAAAUCAAAAUUUUAUUUCAACC